AUGUUUCGAGGCUAUUUCACUCCUGCUACAUCUGCCAUAACGGUUCAUCCACUCACACUUCAAGCAUUUCAUCCAACACGUUUAUUUUGGCAAUCAAUUCGAGCACAAACUAUAGUCAUUUAUGAACGGCAAGCAUGGCGUAUGAAACUUUCGCAAGUUCAACAUAUUCCAGACAUGGACGGAGAUGGUUAUGAUGAUGGAAACAUUGCAACCAAGAAAUUUCAACAGGAUUUUUCUACUAAAAGUUCAUGUUUCGAAGAUUUUUGUAGUGAACUCAUCUAUGAAAUCUUCGAUUAUCUGGAUACCUACGAUGUUUAUCAAGGUUUCUUUUAUCUCAAUGAACGAUUUCGAAAUCUCUGUGCACAUCUUCAUCUUGUCGUUCAAGUUGAUGUUUUAUCAACAUCAAAGUCAGUAUUACAGCCUUAUUAUGACGAUUUCAUCGCACCUAACAAACACCAUAUCCGAUCAUUACAUUUAUUAGAUCCAUUAGCGGUAGAUUUAUUUGUCUCAUCACCAACAAUAGACAUUUCACAGUGCCUUCAUCUACGUCAGCUAGUCCUAUGUGAAAUAGAUACUGAAUGUCUCGCAAAUCUUCUUGUUGAUUUAAUUUCAUUGAAUCAUUUGACAUCUUUAUCGAUUCAUGUUGGUUGUGGCACUAAUAAGUCGAACAUCUACCAAAGUAUAUUUCAUCUGCCAGUAUUGAAACAUUGUCAGCUUCAGUUUGAAGAGAACAGUUCAUUAGACUCACUGCCUAUGUCAUCGAAUCUGUCUAGUCCCAUUGAAUAUUUCAUAAUCAAUGACAAUUACGAUUUGAAUGAAGUUCUUACUAUUCUAUCAUACGUACCUGAAUUGAAACGUUUAUCAGUUAGGUAUGAGUGUGUCUCUCAUAUGCCAGAAAUACUCUUAUUCGCCGCUUUCUUUAACGAUCGAAGACGUAUGCUUGUUAUGAGUGAUCGUCUCUCACAUAUCAAUGUUAAAAAAUUUAUCAAAAUUCAUGCUGCCAAUAUCAAAGUUCUUCAUAUUUCGUCAGUCUGGCCCGGUAUACUCACAAUCAGAGAAGAAAAACACAUCCAAUCAUCUAUCCCUCACAUGACGGCCUGGGAUCUUUGUCCUAGAACAUUACCAGUCUGUGGUUACGCUAUGAAACUAUAUCAGUUGAUGCAUCGUAGGCUUUACUCUCACGACAUAUUACGCAUAAAACAACAAUUCUUUAGUCGUGAGUCAGUCUCCGACGAAUACUUACAUGAGAUAUUCUGUUCUAUUUUCACUGACAGAAGAAGAUCUCUCUUCUUAGUUCCACAGUUGUUGACCUCACAAUUUAAAUGUUGCAAUGAAACUGAUCUUCCUCACGUUCAACAUCUACGUAUCAGCGAAGAGAAUGCAAUCCGCAGCUGCACCCAAUUCUUUCCAAAUGUUACAUCGGUAACUUUCAUGUACCCUCCUUGUCCUGUUCUUCCCAAUGGAUAUGUCAUAACGCAGUUAGGUUUGAUUGUACCAUUAAAAGAGCUUACUAAAGUAACCCUUGAUAUUCCUUCAAUGAGACUUAGAAGUAUCGUUGAACUAAUACGACUCACACCGAAUGUUCAUACCAUGACAUUCACUUUUCGAACAAUGCUCUCCGAAGAUUUUAACGCGAUUGAACAGAGUGAACUAUUUCGAUACGUAAUCAAUCGCAAUCAAAUCAGAAAGAUGAUUUUUAAAGUAUAUUAUACAAAGAGACUAAUCCAAACAAUGAUGAAUCUUUGUCCUAAUUUACAAAACUUGGCUUUCAGCGUGUCUAAAAAGUCGCUUGUGCCAACAUUUCAAUAUUUGUUGACGAAAACGAUGCAUGAUCGACUUUCACUAUGUGUGUUUGGUCUAAACGCGACGUGGAUUGAAGAAUUACAGACUCUAAUCAAAUCACAAGAAUUGACGAAGAAUUACUUAAUCAAAACCAUUAGCGACAAAUUAUAUUUUAAAUGGUGGGACUGA